GUCGAAUCCGCCAGUACUUGAGACCUUACUAACCACCUCUUUCUCAUUGCGCAGUUGCAGAACUACUACGGUCUUGCCGGUCAAGUACAGAACGUUAUCGACAACUGGACAAUUAGAGGUGACCCAUCGCCUGACCAGUUCAUCUCUGAAACAGCCGAUGUAUUCGCCACCUUCGGUUAUCGCUUCCGUGUUGUGCAGUGGCAGGCAAGAGAGCAGGCUUUCGAUGUCGUUGCCACUGCUGGCACUGAUGUGACCAUGGAAGAUUUCGAAAACGUGUUCGACGCCAUCUUCGACGGCACACGCAUUACCAAUGGAUGCACAUACCGCUCUUUCAUGCCCUGGACAAUCAACAACUACGCAGGUGAGUUCCACACUAUCAACGAACCUGAUUUAUACAUUCCCAAAGCGUUAGUCUACAAGAAGCCAGUCAAGCCCGAUCACAAUUGCGUCGGUGUCCCUAAUUGCAGCUUCUGCACAAAAAUUCUCCAAGAUCUUCUCAGACACGAUGCGGGUCAUUGGGAUCCUCGCCCUUGCAUUUGCGCGGGACUCACAAGUCAACGCCGCAGGGACCUCGAAAAACAACAAAUCGACACCAUGUCCUGCAAGACAUGCGGUAGCCUGGCUAUUGAUGAAGAUGCUCGUAUGCGCAGAAGCUGGGAACACCCCGAGACUGGUUACUGUCUUCACAAGUUUGGUAAGUCGGUGGGGGAGAUGGCUACGUUUGCUAAUGUCUCUGCUGUUCAGAUGCAGCGUGAUAUUACUAUGCCCGAUAUGACUGAGCAAUUGACUAGUGGUAGUAAGACUUGGGAUGCAGAUGAGGACGAGGAAAUGACGAUGUGAAAGUUAAGACAACGACAAAUUCAGCUGGUCUGUUUUGUCAUGGUAAGUAGAACUGAUGCUCCAGGAAUAACGAAAACAACCUUCACUCGAUCCAUCAUAGUCUCCAUUGUGCAAUUCUGAUUGUGAAUAUUCUCCCUCCAGAAGCGGCUUCGCGGAUGUGUCGUUGUUCGGGCGUCGCAAAAUCAAGAAGCCAAGCCAGCACCCCUGAAAAUAUCUCUUCUAAAAGUUGUGCGGCACCAAAACUCCAACACCAGCGCGCCCCAUGGAUGCGAGAAAGAGAAGC